AUGGGCGGUAAAGGCAAGAGAAACCGAACGACAUUCUCCACCCGCCAGAUACAAGAACUGGACCGCGCCUUCAGAAAAACACACUACCCAGACAUCUUCAUGAGGGAGAGGCUGGCUUCCAAAAUCAAGCUACCAGAAUCAAGAAUCCAGGACAUAUCGGACAACGAACAGAUCACAGAAAAAGAUGAGAUGCUUCACACAAUCAUCGACAGGGUACUGGCACAGCAGCAGAAAACAACAGCGAAAAUCAACACAGAAACAAAGAUCAUUGAGGAAUGCAAUAACAAUAUUGCAAAUAUAAACUCUGGAAACAAAUCCACAGACUUUGUCCCUGCAAACACACAAAAGCAGACCAGUAAUACAGGCAUAGACACACCUGGAGAGCCAUUCUCCAGUAAUAUUACACUGAAACCCCAAAUACAAAAUGAUCCUACAUUGGCUACAUCUACAUACCUAAAUCUUCAAGAUUCCAUCUCUACAACUACACAAACAUCUGAUAAAACUCCAGAGACUACUCGUGCCCUUCCAUCAUCGCAAGAUAACGCCAACAAGCCACCACAGUGUCACAAAAGAACGACCACCCACUGUGGCCCAACUAAUAGGUGUACAGAAAAAGAGAAUGAUAAUCAACCCCGCCUUGCAAAUAACGCUAAUCAGUGUGACUCAGACAUAAUGAUCCAUUCAAUGACAUCCAUGCACCAUUCUAUCUAUGAUCUACUGUUAGUAAUCAAAGAAAGUAUGAACAAUAAAAAGCCACAACCAAAUCAGACAAGUUACAGUGUGCCACAUUCUGUCACAGAGGAAAUGUAA